CAUAAGUUUGACAUAACUUGUUCUUGUUGUCAUUCAUCAUUCCGUCAUAUCGCAUCGACCGAGGUGGUUGUAAAAUAAAAAGAGAAGAAACAUGUGUAUUAAAUCUAUAAAAAUGUAAAUUGAAUUACUAACAUGAAUGUUAAUAUCUUUAUAAGAUUAAGCGUGCAGUUGUCGGUCUCAUGACCAUUUAACAUUCAGCUGCUAUAUAGAAAAAACGUAUAAAUGGGUGACGUUCUAAGCUUAUUUUCUGUGAUAAUAAUGAAAUUUAAAUCUAAGUUCAAUGAAAGUAAGAUUUAUUUUCACUAUGAUCUUCCGUGGGAGAAGCUGAAGACGGUGAAGUGGAUGAAUGAGAAGGCCACCGCGAACAGGGCCUACGUUCCUACAACGGUUGAAAAUGUUGCGAACGUGUGUACGCACGCUUUAUGCGUCGCGCCUGCAUCACUGGGUGCGCGGGAGUUGCUCACGCGCUCCGUCAAUGCACCGCAAGCCAUUGCUGCAGUCGUAUAUGGGCUUGCAUUAUGCCUACUAUUCGCAGUAUCCACCACCUUCCACUCAGUAUGCUGCUGCAGGUCCGAUACUAAAAUGAAACACUUCCUGCACCGUUGCGACCGGGCAAUGAUUUACAUAUUCAUCGCGAGUUCCUACUUCCCGUGGCUGACGGUCGGCACGCUCUCCUGCUGGAUGCUCAGAGAAUUGCGGUGGGUGAUCUGGCUGCUGGCAGUGCUCGGCAUCACGUACCAACAGAUCUUCCACGAGCGAUACAAGAUGUUGGAGCUGCUCCUUUAUCUGGUCAUGGGGCUAGGUCCGGCGGCCAUCAUUGUCACGUCCAAUCACCAGUUUCCGGCAAUGUACGACCUGAAGCUGGGCGGCAUGCUGUACCUGGCUGGCGUGUUCUUCUUCAAGUCGGACGGCCGCAUUCCCUUCGCUCACGCCAUCUGGCACAUAUUCGUCGCGCUGGCCGCCACCGUUCACUACUUGGCCAUCCUGCGACAUCUCUUCCCAGAACUUAAAUCUCAUUGAAGACUGCCCCUUUAACCUAUUGAAUCUCCAUUAUUAGAGCUCUCUAAAGCUAUUUUUGUAUCCUAACUCGACAACAAGGCCGCAGAUUAAAUAAUUCAACUGACAAUCGUCCGACAUUUCGCGAACGAUCGACAGUAUGCAGCUCCGAUUUGCGGCUUUGUGCAGUCGUUAACUUCGUAAUGUGUGUGUGAAUCUUUUGUGUAGUGAUUUGGAUACAAUAGACUAAAUAACUUGUAGGUUUUAUGCUGUAAGCCGGGGCGGAUCGUAAGUGUAUACCUCUUCGUGUAGAUACAGACUACCGUAAGCGACAUUUAAUAGCCGGUCUUUGUAAUUUUCCGGUAGGAUGAGCACUAAUUGAAAUUUUGCAAUGAAAAUUAUUAUUCAUCUGUUGUAGUUUUAUAUCUAACUAAAUUUCAACGCAUAUCAUCGUUAGUUUAUUUAUAACACAUGUCCGUCGGGACUGCAUGUCGCCAGAACAAUAUCGUAUGCAUGUAAAUAUUAUGAUACUGAAGAGAAGUCGAGUCGCGCAGGUAGUGUAACUCACCGUGGUAUACAGUUACGUGAGCUUCCGGUCUCUCCACGCGCCAUACUGCAAUCAAUAUUGUCACAUCAAGGCCACAUACCGCAGCAUCCACACUUAUAUUCCGGACCUGUGUUCAACACGUGUCACAUCUUUCUUAUAUCGGAUAUUGAAUUAAAUAUUUACGGGAAAUACAAUAUUGAGGA